AUGACUAUCGACUUGCUUUAUUUUGAAAAUCUCAAGUUCCUCUGCCAGUUCAGCAGUAACCCAGGGCAUCCAGAGCCACCCAAGGCUUCCUUCUACCGCGAGGAGGGGCCGACGUCCCCACUCAGGUGCAGCAGGUUUGGGGCCACAGUGCUGCGGAUGCGCAGACGCCCACCUUACAGGCCUGGGGACUGGCCAGGGCUACGGGGAGGAGCUCGGCGCGGGCACCGGCACCCGGAGGCCCAAGCGGCGGCCGGGCUCCUCGGAGUUGGUGGCCGGCUGCCCACGAGGCAGACUCCAGAGGAAAGCAUCCUGAAAGGAGAGCCUAGUGACCUGACUCUCAAAAUCUACAGAGCAGAGUCCUACGCUGGCCUCCAGGAGUUUAAAGCAGCCAUAGAGGAUCUGAAUGCAGUUCUCUUUCAGCUUCCAAACUGGCCUGAGGUCUACUUCCGGAAGGGAAAGGUCCUCCAGGACGCCGGCUUCCUGGGCGACGCCUUACAGCUCUUCCUCCAGUGCUUAGCCCUGGAUGAGGACUUCGCCCCUGCCAAGCUGCACGUAGAAAAGAUCUUGUGUGACUUAUUGUCGCCUGAAAACCUAAAGGAAGGCCUGAAGGAGUCUUCCGGGAGCUCGUUACCGUGUAUUAAGAACAAACCCUUGGGUUUCCCUGCAGUAGUGGAAGAGCCUCGCUCUCCGGGGGAGCUUAGCCUGAAGCAGGCUGAAGAGCGACCGGAGGACGCCCUGGCUCCCGUCAAAGGAAGUUUAAACCGGGCCCGCUCAGCACAAGCCGUCAACACAGCGCCAGUGCCUGCCAGGGAAGAGGGUCUGAAGCGCGUGUCCUCAGAACCUUUACUGUCCGCUCAGGGAAAAGGCCUUCUGCUGAAAAGGAAGCUGUCUCUCCUAGAACAGGAUGUGAUUAUUAAUGAAGACGGGAGGAAUAAACUUAAAAGGCAGAGUGAGGCCCCCAGUGAAGACUGUGUGUUGUCGUUAGCUUAUGGUGACAUCCCAGAAGAGUUAAUAGAUGUCUCCGAUUUUGAAUGUUCUCUCUGUAUGAGGUUGUUUUUUGAGCCAGUAACAACCCCUUGUGGACAUUCAUUCUGUAAGAAUUGUCUUGAGCGCUGUUUAGAUCACACGCCGUACUGUCCCCUCUGCAAAGAGAGCUUAAAGGAGUAUCUAGCAGACAGGAGGUACUGCGUCACGCAGCUGUUGGAAGAGUUAAUAGUGAAGUAUCUGCCGGAUGAGCUGUCGGAGAGGAAGAAAAUCUAUGAUGAAGAGACUGCCGAGCUCUCACACUUGACCAAGAAUGUCCCAAUAUUUGUUUGCACUAUGGCCUAUCCCACUGUGCCUUGCCCUCUCCAUGUAUUUGAGCCCAGAUACAGGCUCAUGAUCCGUAGAAGUAUACAGACUGGAACCAAGCAGUUCGGGAUGUGUGUCAGCGAUACAGCGAACAGUUUUGCAGAUUAUGGUUGUAUGUUACAAAUUCGAAAUGUGCAUUUCUUACCCGAUGGACGGUCUGUGGUUGACACAGUUGGAGGAAAGCGGUUUAGAGUUUUAAAAAGAGGAAUGAAAGACGGAUACUGCACUGCAGACAUUGAGUAUCUGGAAGAUGUGAAGAUUGAGAAUGGAGACGAGAUACAGAGUCUGAGAGAGCUUCAUGACUUGGUGUACUCACAAGCCUGCAGCUGGUUUCAGAAUUUAAGAGAUAGAUUUCGAAGCCAAAUCCUUCAACACUUUGGAUCGAUGCCUGAGAGGGAGGAAAACCUCCAGGCAACCCCCAAUGGACCUGCAUGGUGUUGGUGGCUGCUGGCAGUCCUUCCUGUAGACCCUCGGUACCAACUCUCCGUCCUGUCGAUGAAGUCCCUGGAGGAACGGCUGACGAAGAUACAGCACAUUCUGACUUACUUUUCUAGAGACCAAUCUAAGUCAUGAACGGCUCGGAUCUUCUUUAGCUUGCUUUUAGCCCCAAGGCUGAGAAGCGGUUGGAUCUCAUUUUCAAGUCACCCUGAUCUGGCUCGUGGAUGGCCAGAUUGUCCGCUGCCUUUGCACACCCAGUGCUGGUUUAAGAAAUUAAGGAAACUUUUUUUUUUUUCUUCAACCUCCUGAAUCUCGUGGAUCUGCAAAUGAAUACCUUCAACUAGGUCCUAGACCACUAAGAACUUGCACAGAAAACACACAGCGAAUGUGUGUUAAACCUCUACAUUGUGAUGAAGUUGCACUAUGUACCAUACUCGAACUGAACUAAGUACUCCGUGUAUGUAUGAAGUGUGCGUGUGUAUGCCUGUGUGAAUGCAAGCCGGUGUGCGUGUGUGCGUGCACGUGUGUUUGUGUGGGGUAGCGUGUGUGUUUUUUCUCUGGCUUUAAAAGACAAAUUUUAAAAGACAAAAAAAAAAAAAAAAAAAAAAAAAAGCCAUAGAAAGUGAACUUGCUGAGGGUCCUCUGUUGCCCAAGUUUACAGCACAGCGGUAGUCAUAGGAGUUUUCGCCGAUUGAAUUUGCCUCAGAUUUAUUUGUCCUGAUGCUUCUAUUUGCACACGUCUAUAAACUAUGGUACAGAGUAUCAUUUUUUUGUUGUUGGAAAUCCUGCUCUUGCUGAACUGUCUUGGCCAUUGACUAUGACACAGUUUCUUAUUUAUGUAAAUACUUGCAUCCCCGUGGCCAGCCGGCAGGGAUGCAGAAUCUAGAGCCAGUCUCCAGGGACAGCUGCAAACCUGACAUGGUACUGUGCAUCCAUUCUUAAAACUGUGAAAAUAUGGUUUACAUUAAAAUGUACAUAGAGGUAGAUGGAGAACUCGGUUCAACCGGUUAGCUUGUACAUUCUAGGGGGCUUUUCACAUUAACUGCCCGUCUCCGUCAUUUAGAGUUUGACAUGAUAACUCGUAUUUAAGGAAUUAGGUAGUGUAUAAAGCCGUUGAGGAUCUGGGGGAGGAGGAGCUUAACGUAGAACUAAGCUUGUAAGGUUUGUUUUGUUUUUCCUCUGGUCUUGGUGCAAAUGUUAGUUAUGCCUUAUUCACAUCCCAGUUAGAGCACCAUGCUGUGACAUGGUUAUAUCCAUGCUGCCCUGGCCCUUUUAUAAUUCUUUGUUGCAGACUUGUGACUGUCUCUAUUAACUUUCUUUUAUGUAAGUAAUUUGUACAAGUUUCUUAAGAUUUUUGCUUUUGCUUAUUUAAUUUUGAAUAAAAGCUAAAUUCAUAAUAA